AUGCAAGUGCAACCAACUCAGAUGACACACAAAGGGGUGGUUAUCCGCAGCGCCAACAAGAGCACUGACACUGACCUGCUGGGUCAUGAUGCCUGGGUGGCGAGAGUGGAACACAACGAUCACAACACACUAGACGGAUGUCUUAGUGUAAUCGAAUUUCAUUCUGGAAGUUUGCGGCAUUUGCGACUGAGCGAGCCCAGCGCUUGCAUGGGGCCCACAGCAACUGGAGGAGUGUCUGUGUCUCCGUCGGCCCAUGGCUUCACGGCGGGAGGGCACGCGAACCUAUGGGCCGAGGCGGCGUCGGGCUCGAACAGCACGUCGGAUAGACAGCAGGGGAGUCUUGCGGCUGUGGCAGGGCCAGGGGCUCCUCCAGGGCCCAUGUCAGCGCCGCCGUCGUCCAAUCGCCACAAGCGGUCUGCUUCGAUUGACGUGUCCUCCCUGAUUGCGACACGGGACGGCAUAGGGCCCGCGAAGGACUACCUGGCGCCAGCGGCCUCACAGUCGCCGGCGGCUGCCAGCCAUGCGCCUCAGGGCCACCUGUCGCCGGAACGUCGGUCGCCCCUGGCGCGAGAUGGCGGCACUGGCACCGGCACUGGCACUGGCAAUUUCAUGAUGGGACAUAAGACCGCACCGCCGGCGUUGGAGGCCUUGCGCCAGAAUCACCCCGGCAUGUCGUUGGCCCAAGCGGUGAGAGACUAUGGUGUGGUGGAUGGAUGUCGUUCAUGA